AAAGAAUAUUCCAGCUGGCUUUAUCUAUUUUUGUCAAAAAUUCUUCAAGUUCGAGAAUACAUUUUGACGAAGUCGAUAAUGAUCCUUGUGAUAAAUUAGGCAAAAUUGGAAAUGGUGAUAAUUGUGGAGAAAAAUUUGAUGGCAUAUAUAAAGAAAUAUUUGGUGGUUGUAAUGAAAAAUUUGUUGGCAUUUGUGAAGAUAGCUGUGAAGAUAUUUGUAAAGACAUUUGCGAUGGCAUUUGUGAGGCAUUUAGCAUUGGCGUGGAUAGUUGUGAGGAUACUUGUGAGGAUAUUUGUAAAGAUAUUUGUAAGGGUAUUUGUGAGGGUAUUUGCGAGGAUAAUUGUAAUGGUUGUUGCGAAACUAAUUGUUGCAAUGGUUGUAAUGAAA